ACUCCUGCAUCUAAUGUGGAUCUCUUUACCAUGCCGACAACAACAACACCUCUAACUAGUUCAUCAAAGCAAGAUUUGUUCCAGCAAAAAGAGAACCAGGACCCAGUGCCGACUUUGUUUGACCCGGCUCCACCAGCGAAAGAAGAAGAAGAGAAGUCAUUGGAGAAUCCCAAGAAUUCUAAAGAUUCCAUCAUGGCACUGUAUGGGUCGUCAAGCAGUCAACAAACAAUGUACAAUGUACCAGGUGGUCUCUAUAUACCACAGUCGUCUUCGUCACAUAGCAUAUCCAACGGACCAAUCAGUACUAGUAGUUCAACUACUACCAACGCAAUGAUGUUUGGACAACAAUCUCAACCACAUUCACAAAUGCAGCAGCAGCCACAGCCGUUGCCGCAGCAGCACCAACAGCCGCAGCCACAGUCAGCCACUGCUGCUAUGAGUAACAUGAUGGGGUACGGCAUGAUGACACAGCAGCCUGUCUACAACGCACAACAACAGCAGUAUAUGCAUCAGCAAUACCAACUACAGCUGCAGCUUCAACUGCAACAACAACAGCAGCAGUACCAAAUGCAGCAGUAUCAACAGCAGCAAUUACAAAUGCAACAGGUUCAGCAGGUACAGCAACAGAUGCAGGCAUUACGUGUCGGCGGUGGCGGCAGCACCGCCGGUGUCCCUGCACAGAUGGGAUGGCAGCAGCCAACACAAGGACUACAGCCAGGCAUCUCUGCUGCAGCUGGAGCCGGCGGUUGGGGAGCUAUGACUGGCUCAGGUCAAACUUUAAGUACUCAAUUGUGGAAGUAACAUGAAGAUGGGAAUAUUCAAAAAUCAGUGAUUGGUUGGUCAGUUGAAUUUAAAUUGAAGUCUACAAGCCCAUUGGUCACUUUGUAAUAAAAUUUGAAUACGCUGGAUCAUUCACAAUUUUGAUGCAGCUUAAAUUAUAACUUUCUUUCAAUUCGUAACUAUUGACCACUUUUACCCAAAUUAACUUAAAAUUCUCUCUGUAUGCAUAACAAGCAUGUAUAUAUUUCUUGCCUACAAUUGGGAUCCAGUUUCAGGUACUCUUGACCUUGUAAUGACGCCUCAUUUUCAAACUUCAUUGCUAAAGUCUAUGCUGCAUUUUGUUUUGUUGUAUAAUACCCAGAUGUGGCAUGGUCGAGAAUAUACACAGUACUUUUCAGCAUUUUCCGGCCAUGGUAUUGUAAUAUAAAGUAUUGUAAUAUAGCACAUUUGAAAUCAAAAAUUCCCAAGUUUGUUAAGUUCAAUUCAUUUAAACUUUACAAGGGACUGAACAAAUUUAGUAUUAUUCCGGCUGUAUAUUUUUUUCCUUAUUUACUGUUCUUUGUCAUUUACCGUUUGUCUCCACAUAAAUCUUUCGGAAGAAUGGCAAUGAAAAAUGUUUUCAUUUCUGUGUUUGGUUAAGAAGUGCAGAUCAACUCCAUUGUUGUCUCCAUUGUUGAUACUGUCACCAUAUAACAUGGGGAAGGUUGAUAAAAUUCUCAGCUGAAUCUUGAAAAAAAAUUAUCCGUUGUUAGCCUUGAGUCCAUAACUUAUCAGGAGUCUUAUCAUAGUGAGAUUGUAUCUCUCGGUUCAUUCUCUAUGAUGACUCUGUUAUAAAUAACAAUGAAAUUACAAUCAUUUAUUUUUGUUCAAUUUCUUUGCCAUAAAUAAUACCAGUACUCUCAGCAUAUUGUCCCAAGCCCACAAUUAAACAGCAAACACUCGCUAAUUUACAUAAAAUUCUGACUGGCGAGAUCUUGUCGAUUUUGAUAGCGACUAUGGAUAGGACAGUAGCACUGUUGAUGCAAUUUCACUCCAAUUUCUAUUAACAGCGUGUUUUUUUUUCUCACCAGCCCAAUCACUGGUUUCUGUUUAUGUUAUUUAAAACUUCUUUUUUCUCCAAGAUACAAAAUUUAAAUGUAUUUUCUCUGGGUUUGUAUUAUUUAUGUCAGCAUUUGAAGUUUUCUGUCAUUUGUUUUAUUUUUUUCUCGGGGAAAUUUGCUAUCUUCAAAUCAGGGUAUAAUUUUGUGGCUGAAUCACACCAGACUUCUUUACUUCUCCCUCUAUGGUAUUGGUACGGUCCAUUUUCUACUGUAUGUGGGCUGUACCAUUAACAUAAAUUGCUGGUUGCUGGUAAUUGUACAAUGUAUUUUAGUAUAUGUAAUUGAUUAUUAUGAUUCCUGUAUUUUAACAUGCGGUAAGGUGGUUGCCAUGGUAAUACAUUAACAUGUAAAAUGGUGGCUUUCAAAUGGACACGUUGACUUGUAUUAUGUUUGUUUGUAUUUCCUUGCAGCCAUGUUUGUAAGAUUGUGCAAAAAUGUAAAUAAACAGCGAACUUGACCCAUUUGUAUAUGUGUUGCUACGUGUUGCUACGUGUAGUAUCCAUAUCAAAAUGACCCGCUUUAGUUGACCCUUUGAACACCAAUGUCUAUUUUUGUCACCAUUCAGAAAACUAAAUUUGUUUAAUUUUUUCCAUACUUUAACAAAGAUUUUUAUCAGAUCUGUAUCCAAUAAGAUUCAAAACUAACAAAAACUUUAAAAAUGUGCAAAAUUUUACUCAAAAGGGGCUCAAAUGGUCAAUGUACGUAUUGCAUUACAUGUAAUGUAUUAGAAAAAAAUGACUGCAUUUUUACACGAAAGUUUUAAUAUAUGUUAUAUAUGGUUUCAGUCGUUUGGUAGGAUUACCAUUAGACUGGCCAAGCCUUGGCAAUUUUAUUGUUUUAUAUGAUAAUUUCCUUUAAGAAUGAAUUUGUAAAAUUUUCUGUUCUCACACAAUUUUACCAUGAUUGGACCAUUCUGCUGCGCCCUCUAGUGGUAGCAGCACUUGGUGUGUGGGUUUUAAAGCUUGUAAGCUGCUGCCCGCUGAGAAGGUAGCUUUCAAUCUGACCUGUGAAAUCUGGGCAAAUGAAAUUAUUUGUGUAGGCACACGUCUGCUUCCCUUUUUGGAAGGUUGAACCUUGUACCAGGGUUGCAUAACGUCACUGCCUAUCGCAAACAAUUGACAGCAAUGGAUUAUCCAGUCGUGUAAUUUUACGUUUGAAGAUUUGAAGAAGAAAAAAUGUUAGAUAAAUCAAUGAAAUUAUCAUGGCUGUACCUGUCUGUUACCAUAUUGGAAAUACACCUACAGUUAGUCUGAGAGAAAUGUAUUACGAUUUGGUGGAGGGGGUGGGGGUCACAGAAUCGUGUAGCAGUAAACAUUUCAUUGUGGUCCUUGAGACAAGUAUUGCGACUUGGAUAUGUGAAAUAAGCUUUUAAUGUGCAAAUGUGCGGCACCAAAAUAGUUUACUGUGCAUUGUUGUUGUACAAACGGACAAAACGCAUCCAUUUCACAUUGUUCUUCACAAAUUCUUUUCUCCAGACCAUAUUCUCUCCGUUAGAAGUGCAUGUUGUGUUGUUAGCCAGAAUCUACAUUUGUAUUUCAUAAGUCACUAUUUUGAUGCAACAUGCACUUUGUCAUUGACAAAUCAACCUUGUAAAAAUAGCUCAACAUAUUGACAGAUGAGAGCUGAAAACAUUUUCCAAAAACUUGUUGCGUAUUUGGCUUGUGUUGCGUUAAUGCAGAAAUUUAGGGAAUGCAGUACUAUUAAAUGCUUUAAUUUUCUGAGAAAAAUGUAAAUAUUGCACGAUUAUGUGGAAAAAUUUCGCUGGCUCUUCAAGUUUUCAGUGAAAUUUAGUGAGCGUUGACAAUUUUGCGACUUGCAGUGGUUUGUACAUUCAUCAUUCAAAUACAACAAAGUCGUAUUAAAGAUCCUCUGUAUCUGUUGACCUAUUUUUCCCAGUCAGCCUCGUGUUCUUAUUUUUGUGAUGAGUGGUCAUGUGUACGAUGUUCCACAUACUACUCGGAGUGGUGGAAAACACAAUUUUAUUAUUAGAGAAGUUGUGAAAUCUGUUAAGUUAUCCUAUGUGGGGAAAAAAAAAAAAAAAAAACAAUUUAUAAAUUUACUGAACAGUGUAAGAUUGAUUUCUGUGAAUAUUUGUAGUUGUAUAUUUUUAAAGAAAGAUUCUUGUAUUAUCACUUGUUUUAAAUAUUUGUGCAUGUAUGGUGGCAUAAUAGAUAUAAAAUGGCUAAACUGAUUACUGGUUCUUGAAGCAUUCCGUCACGUUCAACUAUGUAAUAACAAACUUAACCUCAUUCAAGCUACAUUUUGUAUUCUAAUAUUUAUCAUCAUUCCAGACCUUUUAUUUGCCUAACUUUAUUCCAAACUCACCUGACAGUAUUUGCCUAACUUAACUCCAAUCUAGGAUAACAGUAUUUACCUAACUUAGUGCUAAUCCUGUGCAAUAGUUUUUGCCUUGCCUCCAAUCCUCACAACAGUAUUUGCCUAACUGAGCUCCAACUUCUAUGCGACAGUGUUCUAACUUUGUGAACCCUUGCCUGUUGUGCAGAAUUCUUGGAUGCUAGAAUUGACCAUUUACUAUUGUAUAAUAGUUACUUGUAUAUUAAUCCAGAUGACAGACAGUGUCAAGACGUAUAUUUUUUUUGAAUUUUUUUGUGAAUUUGACUCAAAUCACUUAAUUGUAUGAUCGAAGCUCAACGCCAGCUUUUUUUAUUAUUAUUUUGUUGUGUUUUUAGUCAAGUUAUAUAUACAUUUGAAGAUUAGUAUUUUGAUUAUAAAGCCAUUUUGUUUUGUAGUUAAGUUUGAAUUGAUGAUGUCGCCCAAAUAAGUCAUAACUGAUACCAUAUAUGGUAUGAAAUGAAGAUGAAAAGUUUUUUUAGUUAAGAAGGGAGAACACUGAUCAGGAUGUUGGGUCAUUGACCAUCAUCAAAUGAAGGAAAUUUGGAUUUCAUCCUUGUUGGAGGGCUGCUGCAUGUUCAAAUUGGUAGCAUAAAACAUUGCAAGUAAAAUGCAUUGUUUAUAUAAAUUGUUGCAUGUAACAACUUGCACUUUAAAAUGCUUCAAUCACUGCUUUCCCAUCAUGCUUUCCAUUUUUGUGAAAACUAUAUUUUACACAUUCUGUGGGACCCAUAUCGAACACGAGUGUUUUAAAGCAGGGAGGAGUCGCCUGCACAUGCGUCAGAUGGCCAUAGCUUGUCAUUGUUUAAAAACAAGCAUUUACCCAUAAGCUUUUGCAUUUUUAGCGUGUGUUAUCGUCGCUUGGGACCUUAUUCUCGUACGUGUGCAGGUGACGACCCUCUCGCUUUAAUAUUUAACAGUUAUUACCAACCAUACAGAUAUUGAGGGUUUGUGUCCAUCAUGGAGAUUAGAACAAAAUAAAAGUACACAUUUUUUUUUUUACAUUUGGGUUUGGAGUAAAUCAAAUAUUUUCAACAACAAAAAUUACCUAUUUAUGUUUAUGUUUCUUUUUCCUCUCUUCUCUGGCAGUUGAAAAAAAAAAGAUAAAUGUCAGCCAAUCAAAGUAGUUGUGUAUGAUUGGUUGGUUCACAAUAUUCACAUAUUGGACACUUUAUCAAAUAUUGAGCAGUUAGACCUUUCAUUUUUUGGGGUGGUUUUUCUCUAGUGAGAAUACUGCAUGGCGUCUAUAGACAAUGACAGAUUUUGUCAACCUGUAGAUUUAGAAGAAAAAAAAUGCACCAAACUGCUAAAGAUUAACUCAACCGCAGCCAUCCAGCCAUGGAACUAAACCCCCUUAUGUGUUGAAGCACUACAGUCGUUACACUAUGUUAGAUAGGACGUAUGCAACAAAUGUGCUCUACAACGACUGUAGCACUUUACUAAAAAUUGUUUAGUACAUUAUUAUAGAUGCUGUUGAGUCAUACACCAAUCUCAAACUCUUGUGCUGUGUAUUUUGUAUCUUCUGCUUGAAUGGUCUGCCUCCACAGACUGAAUGACUAGCAGAGACAGUGGAUGAGAAAACCAGAAAUGUGCUAGAAAUGUCUUUAAUUUAUCAGUACAAUAUGCAAUGUAUUUUAUGGUCUAUUUAUUGUAGUAGAGCCUUUGGUGAAAAAAAUAAUCAUAAUGAGCGUUGUUUAAUCAGUCAAAGCACCAAACCUUGUCCCUUUGAUGUGUACUAUACUGAAUAAAUAAAGUUAAACUGUGAAUGGA